CUUUGAAAAUUAUCUGAAGUACUCUGAACAUUGCCUGUUCUUAUGGAAAAAGAACCUUUUAACAGGAUAAUCGCAUAUUUUUAAAGUGGAGCUCAUCGAAACAUGGAUACAAUGAACUGCUUCAUUCGUCGAAUCUUAUUUCUAGUUGCUGUGGUGUGCGCCACUGCUUCCGCUAAUCUGAUGAUGGACUACAACUGGCCAGUGCCCAAUCCAAACAUCGAUCGUUUUCCCCAUGAGUCAUCCUGUCAUUAUUAUUACUUGAUGCUAUCAGAAGAAGACAUAUCCCUAGAGAAAUGCCCGGGUGGACAGCUGUUUGAUUACGUUAAACACAGGUGCCUCCCUGACAGGGAACAUAUUCAUUGCUGGAGCCGCCAUUUUGGAAAAAUAAAACAUGGUCAUCUCAUCAAGCACAAAAAGCAUUUUAAGUGUCCUUAUCCUUGGGGGAAAUAUCCCAAUUUACACGAUUGCACGAAAUACCACUUAUGUCUGAAUGGGAAGUCAAGGGUUAAGAAGUGUGCACCUUUCGAAUUGUUUGACAAGAUUUCGAGAAAAUGUAUUGCAUCCAUUGAUGCAGUCUGUGCUGAUAAAACUGAUGUAGUUGAACAUGGUUACGAAUGCCCGAAGGUAUGGGGCUCAUUUACCUACUCGAAAGAUUGCUCAAAGUAUUAUGAGUGUCUCCAGAAGAAGCCAAGUCUCAGAACGUGCCAGAAAGGUUUCCUGUUCGACAACAGAUUGGGAAAAUGCGCACCGAAAGAACACGUUUACUGUGGAGUGAGACACAACCCUUAUGAAACUGUCAGUGAUGCUCCAGAAACUACAUCUGCUUCAACUUCCGUUCAAAAGUCAACGACUCCUGGUCUCGAUGUGACCACAAUUACAGAAACACAGAAGAUUACAUCAGAGAAACCAGUAUCUCAAAAAGUCACAUCAACUCUACUAGAAACUUCCUCAACUUCCAAAACAGUUACUUCAGAAGAAAGCUCUUCAACAUUCAAGAAAGUCACGUCAAUUCCACAAGAAACCACCUCAACCUUCAAGGAAGUCACAUUAACAAGUCAGUCAACCACCAGUGAAAUUUCAAGCCCUUCAACUGUGCCAGAAGACAACACUAGAGAAAUAAAACAAGAGAGUAGUACCGUAACUGCAAAGCCUACUGUUGAAAUAAAAGAAAAGCAGCAAGAAACCAGCGUUGUGACUAAGGAUGUUUCUGGAACAAAUGAAUUUAUAGAAACUUCGUCAACAACAGAAAAAGUAGGAGUCAAGAUUUCGUCUCAAAUUACUUCGACUGAUGGAUUAGACGAUUUAAAGAAAGAUGUAUCGACAGAAGAAAAAGAUACAGAGGAUGUUUCUACCAAACUGGUAAACUUAGCAGCUCAAGAACAUGAAAAAACAGACACCGUAGCAAAAACUGAUUCUAAAACUGGAUGUCUUCUGGAAGAUUCUAUGUGCAUAACAGAAAAAGACGGCACUAUCGUCAAAUGUUCCAGCUCCAAAGAUCUGCAACCACAUCCUAAGGAUGAAAGACGCUUUUUGGAUUGCACAGGAUCCCAGAUCCAGAUACACACCUGCCCACCCAAUUUAACAUUCAAUCCUACAGAGAAGAGAUGUCGAUGGCAGUUUAUAAUGGGUUCGAAAUAGAUUAUAUUGUUUAAUUUGUAGAAUGUGAUGUUGACAAUGGUUGUUUUAAUUAUGUAGAUAACAGAAAUAAAUUUUUUCCCAAUAUAAA